ACAGAAACCACUCAAAUUCAAAAUCCCCAAAUCUCCGAAACCCUAAAUUUCCUCUCUGCCAUGGCUGACACUGCAGUUUCCGAGAUGCCCAACAACACCAGGAAGCCCAGGACCACCCGAAAGGCCCUGAAGGCCAAGACCCCAUCGACAAACGAAGCCAACAUCCUGGCCGGAACGGUCUCCGAGGCCGCUCCGAGCCCGAUCCCGACCGGACCCGGGUCCGACCCGGCGAAGGAGAACCACGAGAGCCUCUCUCAGCCUCGCACGUCGCCCAAGAAAGCAGCCAAGGCUUCGAGGAAACAGUCGAAAGCGGCGAAGGAGACGCAGUCGAGUUUCGAGAAGGACCUGCAGGAAAUGGAGGAGAAGCUUCAGGCUCUGAGGCUCGAGAAGGAGAAGACGGAGGAGAUGUUGAAGGAGAAGGAAGAGAUCUUGAAGCUUAAGGAGGAGGAGCUCGAAUUCAAGGGUCGGGAGCAAGAUAAGCUUCACAUGGAGCUCAAGAAGUUGCAGAAAUUGAAGGAGUUCAAGCCCACCAUGGCAUUCCCAAUUAUACCAUCACAGAAAGACAAGAAAAAGAAGGGUGGCCCUGAAAUGAAAAGGCCAUCGCCUCCUUAUGUCCUAUGGUGCAAAGAUCAGUGGAAUCAGGUCAAGCAAGAGAACCCUGAGGCAGAGUUUAAGGACAUAUCAACCAUUUUGGGGGCCAAGUGGAAGAAUGUCACCGCAGAAGAGAAAAAGCCGUAUGAAGACAAGUACCAGGCGGAGAAGGAAGCCUAUUUGCAAGUGAUGGCGAAAGAGAAGCGUGAGAGUGAAGCAAUGCACCUGUUUGAGGAGGAGCACAAGCAGAAGACAGCUAUGGAGUUGCUUGAACAAUACAUGCAAUUCAAACAAGAAGCAGAAAAGGAUAACAAGAAGAACAAGAAAGAAAAGGAUCCAUUGAAACCCAAGCAGCCAAUGUCUGCGUUUUUCCUGUUCACAAAUGAGAGGCGAGCAGCCUUGAAUGCACAGAACAUCAAAUCUGCUCUAGAGGUUGCAAAAAUCACCGGUGAAGAAUGGAAGAACAUGACAGAGGAGCAAAAGGGUCCAUAUGAAGAGAUGGCAAAGAAGAACAAGGAGAGGUAUAUGCAAGAAAUGGAGGUCUAUAAGCAACAGAAGGAAGAGGAAGCUGCCAUCUGCAGAAAGGAAGAGGAAGAGAUGAUGAAACUUCAAAAGCAUGAAGCCUUUCAACUGCUCAAGAAGAAGGAGAAGACAGAGAACAUAAUCAAGAAAACAAAAGAGAUUGAGAAGAAGAAGAAGGAAGAAAAGAAGCUUGCUGAUCCCAACAAGCCCAAGAGGCCUGCAUCCUCAUACAUUCUGUUCAGCAAGGAAGCAAGAAAGAAUCUGUUGGAGGAGAGACCAGGAAUCAAUAACUCCACUAUUACUGCUCUCAUUUCAGUUAAAUGGAAGGAAUUGAGUGAAGAAGAAAGAAAGGUGUGGAACGACCAGGCUGCUGAAGCAAUGGAGGCUUAUAAGAAGGAGUUGGAGGAAUACAACAAGUCUGUUGCUGCAUCCAUCCAAGACUGAAGAAAAUGUUCUAGUGCUAGUGGACAUUUAGUGUAGUGAAAGCCCAUCAUUUUGAUGGCAUAAUUCUAUCGGUAGUGUAAUUUUCGUUUUCAUUUUGAUGUUAACAUUCUACCCUAUUAAUCAGUCUAAACUUUGAACUACAUUCAUCA